AUGAUUAGCGCCGUGCUCAUUCUCAACUCUAGAGGACAUACUCUGAUCUCACGUGCCUACAGAGACGAUGUUGAAACUCGUUCCAUUUCGAGUGCUUUCAGAUCUCAAAUUUUAGCAGCCAAGAUCGCCGACAGAUGUCCAGUUAAAACAAUUGGAAGUGUUACAUUCAUGUUCAUUCGUCAUGAAGAGAUGUACUUACUUGCCGUAACAAAACAAAAUGCCAGCGCUGCUCUAGUCUUUGAAUUUUUGUAUAAAUUGAUUUUCAUUUUCCAAUCAUACUUUGACGGAAAAUUCACAGAAGACGCAUUGAAGGAAAACUUUUCACUUGUCUAUGAAUUAUUGGAUGAAAUUCUUGACUUUGGUUAUCCACAAAAUCUAGAACCUCAAGUGUUAAAGGCUAUUAUUGUACAAGGUGGUAUGAAAGAUAUCAAGCCACACGAACUUGAAGCUAGAUUAAAGGAAGUCACAGGAGCUGUAUCUUGGAGAAAGGCAGGUAUUGUUUAUCGUAAGAACGAGGUGUUUUUGGACGUUAUUGAAGAUGUGAACAUGCUAUUGAGCAACAAGGGUACUGUUUUGAGUAGUGACGUUACUGGUCGUAUUGUAAUGAAGUGUUUGUUGAGUGGAAUGCCAGAAUGUAAAUUUGGUUUGAAUGACAAGCUCAUGUUGCAACAAGAAAAGAGAACUGCUAACAAGAAGAGAUAUAAGGAAAUUGAUAUUGAUGAUAUUACUUUCCAUCAAUGUGUCAAAUUGGGUAAAUUUGACAGCGACCGUACUAUUAGCUUUGUUCCACCUGAUGGUGAAUUUGAAUUGAUGAGAUAUCGUAUCACUGAUGGUAUUGUCCCUCCAUUCCGUUUGCUUUCUCCAAUUGUUCGUGAAGUGAGCAAGACUAAAUUGGAAGUUAAGGUUACCAUCAAGUCAGUAUUCCAUGCUCGUUUGUUUGGUAAGAAUGUCAUUGUCAAGAUUCCAUGUCCAUCCAAUACAGCCAAAUGCAAGAUUCAUGUUGCCCAAGGUAAAGCCAAAUAUAAGGCUGAAAAGGGAGCAAUUAUUUGGACUGUUAAACGUUUCCCUGGUGACACUGAAUUGACACUCUCUGCUGAAGUAGACUUGAUUGCGCAAACUGCAGAAAAUAAGAAAUGGUCCAGACCUCCAAUUGGCCUCAACUUCCAAGUACCAAUGUUUACUGCUAGUGGUUUGCACGUGAGAUUCUUGAAGGUCUUUGAGAAGUCCAACUACCAAGCUGUCAAGUGGGUCAGAUACAUUACCCAAGCAGGUGUCUAUGAGUCUAGAAUUUAA